GCAACAGCUCUCCUCGCCGCCGCACUGAAUGUCUCGGAUCCAGCAGCGUCCCCGUGCUCCGCUCUUUCACCAAACCCUGUGAAUUCAGCUCGGUUAAAUAAACAUUACCGAGCUGCUAAUCACACGCUCUGAAACAAAACAGCACUUCACUCCGGGAUCUGGGCAAGAUCAGACUUCCCUCCCUCUCUCCCCCCUCCUCUCUUCUUCCCUCCCCUCCCUCUCUGCCCCCUCCCUGCUUUUCCCCUCCCUCUCCUCGGCAGCCGCUGAGCCGGUCCCUCCGACCCGGCAGCCUCAUGCUGGGGGCUGCUGCCGGCCGGGGCUGAUCGAGGCUGCUCCGCGCUGCCCGUCCGGCGCUGCUCGCCCCGGCUCUCCCGCGCACCGCCGCCGCCGCCCCCGCGAGAAAAAGUUGUGCGGAGCGCCGAGGAUGGGAGCGCAUCUGCAGCCUCUAGCCCUGCGGCUGCUGGCGUUGACUUUCCCCUUGGUGGCGAAGGGAUUUUCUGACGAAACCUUGGAGAAAACCGCGAAAUCCGAGGGAUAUUGCAGUCGUAUCCUGCGAGCCCAAGGCACCCGGAGGGAAGGGUACAAUGAAUUUAGCCUCAGGGUGGAGGGCGAUCCAGAAUUUUACAAGCCUGGGAACAGUUACCGGGUGACGCUUUCUGCUGCCACUCCUGCCUACUUCCGAGGAUUCACAUUGAUUGCUCUCAAAGAAGGGAAAGAAGGUGACAAAGAAGAUGACCAUGCAGGAACUUUUCAGAUCAUAGACGAAGAAGAAACACAGUUCAUGAGUAAUUGUCCUGUUGCUGUUACUGAGAGCACACCUAGAAGAAGGACACGCAUUCAAGUGUUUUGGACUGCUCCUCCUGCUGGCACAGGCUGUGUGAUUCUGAAAGCCAGUAUUGUACAGAAACGCAUAAUUUAUUUUCAAGAUGAGGGUUCUCUCACCAAAAAAAUUUGUGAACAAGAUGGAGCCUCAGAAGGUGUGACUGAGAAACCAAUUUUUGAUUGUUGUGCCUGUGGAACUGCCAAAUACAGGCUAACUUUUUAUGGAAAUUGGUCAGAAAAAACACAUCCCAAAGAUUUUCCACGACGCACCAAUCACUGGUCUGCAAUCAUUGGUAGUUCUCACUCAAAGAACUACAUCCUUUGGGAAUAUGGAGGAUAUGCUAGUGAGGGUGUCAAACAAGUUGCAGAGUUGGGAUCCCCUGUAAAGAUGGAAGAAGAAAUUCGACAGCAGAGCGAUGAGGUUUUAACAGUCAUCAAGGCAAAAGCACAGUGGCCUGCCUGGCAACCUCUAAAUGUGAGAGCUGCUCCCUCUGCUGAGUUUUCUGUGGAUCGUCACCGGCACCUGAUGUCCUUCCUCACCAUGCUGGGCCCCAGCCCCGACUGGAACGUGGGUCUGUCUGCAGAAGAUCUCUGUACCAAGGACUGUGGCUGGGUUCAGAAAGUCGUUCAGGAUCUAAUCCCCUGGGAUGCUGGCACAGACAGUGGUGUUACCUAUGAGUCUCCUAACAAACCCACAGUGCCUCAAGAGAAGAUCAGACCACUUACAAGCUUAGAUCAUCCUCAAAGUCCAUUUUAUGAUCCAGAAGGAGGGUCUAUCAAGCUGGUAGCCAGAGUUGUCAUUGAGAGAAUUGCACGCAAGGGGGAGCAAUGCAAUAUUGUACCUGACAACAUAGAUGAUAUUGUGGCAGACCUAGCACCAGAGGAAAAAGAAGAAGAUGAUACCCCUGAGACAUGCAUAUAUUCAAACUGGUCCCCAUGGUCAGCCUGCAGCUCUUCUACCUGUGAAAAGGGCAAGAGGAUGAGACAAAGGAUGCUUAAAGCUCAGCUGGACCUCAGUGUACCCUGUCCAGAUACCCAAGAUUUUCAGCCAUGCAUGGGUCCAGGCUGUAGUGAUGAAGAUGGUUCCACUUGCAUGAUGUCUGACUGGAUUACAUGGUCCCCCUGUAGUGUUUCCUGUGGAAUGGGGACCCGAUCUAGGGAGAGAUAUGUAAAACAGUUCCCUGAAGAUGGCUCUAUGUGCAAAGUUCCUACCGAAGAGACUGAGAAAUGUAUUGUAAAUGAGGAAUGUUCCCCUAGCAGCUGCCUUGUCACUGAAUGGGGAGAGUGGGAUGAAUGCAGUGCUAGCUGUGGCACAGGGAUGAAGAGACGACACAGAAUGAUCAAGAUGACUCCUGCUGAUGGAUCCAUGUGCAAGGCAGAAACUACAGAGGCAGAGAAAUGCAUGAUGCCUGAGUGCCAUACCAUCCCCUGUCUACUCUCUCCUUGGUCCGAGUGGAGUGACUGCAGUGUAACAUGUGGGAAGGGAAUGCGAACACGGCAAAGGAUGCUGAAAUCUGCUGCUGAGCUUGGAGAUUGCAAUGAGGAGCUGGAACAAGCAGAAAAAUGCAUGCUGCCUGAAUGCCCCAUUGACUGUGAACUAACAGAGUGGUCCCAGUGGUCUGAAUGCAAUACCUCAUGUGGAAAGGGCCACAUGAUCAGGACAAGAAUGAUUAAAAUUGAACCACAGUUUGGAGGAACAGCAUGCCCAGAAACUGUCCAGCGUACAAAAUGUCGAGUAAGGAAAUGUCUGAGAGGCCCAGGUAUGGAAAAAAGGCGCUGGAAAGAGGCCCGAGAGAAAAGGAGAAGUGAACAAGCAAAGAAAAAUAUAGAUAGUGAGCAAUAUCCAGUUUGUAGACUGAAACCAUGGACUGCUUGGACAGAAUGUUCUACACUCUGUGGAGGUGGAAUUCAAGAACGCUACAUGAUGGUAAAGAAGAGGUCCAAAAGUACUCAGUUUACUAGCUGCAAAGACAAAAAGGAGCUAAGAGCAUGUAAUGUUCAUCCUUGUUAACAAAACACAAGGCUUCCAAGCGAUGCACUCUGAGCUAAAUGGAAAGUCAACCUUAGCUGGGUUUUUAAAACAAAAGAAUUAUAAAGUGUAUAUUAGUUUUCAUUUUUGCAGUGUGGUUUGCUUUUUAGUCUUGCUGGUGCAAGAAAUAUAUUUUAUAAAUAUUUCCACACAGAUUUAUGCUGAGAGUAAAUCUUUGGAACUCCAGCCAGCCCUUAAUGCAUAAAAAUAGUAAGUCAUUAGGAGUCAUUUAACUAAAAUACAGACAUAUCUGUGGACAUGGAAUAGCCAUAUAGAAAUACUACUUGUAAAGACAUGGGAUGCAUGCACAUUAACUUAAGUGACGUGUUUCGUGUAUGGGAGGAUUUCUCUCUCAGUUUGAUUUAGAAAAUCCAAAGCAGUGCCUACAUGAUACAACUAUGCCAAGGAGAAAUUUCAGUAAUGCUGGUUCAAUAACAUUAAAGGUGCAUGUCUAUCUUUUUACACUGUUGGGUUAAACUGAUGGUUAUAAUGAUUACCUUGUAUACUUUUCCUCACAUGGAUGCUGUAGACCAUGCAAAAUGGCCUUUAUUUCCUGAAAACUUAGAAAGGAAAUUAUUUGAGCAGCUCAAUCAUGCUGCCUGCCCACUACAUAGCCACAGUCAAAACAGCACCCAAAGAAAACUUGUGAAUGCUAUCAUAUAUUUCAAUGCUUUAUUCUUAUAUUGAGUCUAUUCACUGUCUCUCACAAUGGGUACAGAGCUAAUAGAAAUGGGAUUCAAACACAAUAGUCACAACAGCUGUGUCACAGAAAGACUUCUACAUGAGACAUUAAAAAAAGCCAGAUUCAGUUUCAUGAGGAUGUUAAUCACAGGCAAGGAGAGAAAGAGGUAUGUAAUAUAAUAAAAAUAGUGGAGAAAAGGUAAGCCAGGUCCUCAUGUACCCAUUAUAACUCACAAAGGGAAAGGAACUUCUGAAAGGAAACAAUGACAGCCUUAUAAAAUAUUAAUUACAGAUUGACACAAGAAUAUAUUUAGAGCAGUGUCAUUUAUGGGUUUUUUACUCAGAGUAUAGAAGGAUCCAAAAACUACUAAAUCUUUGACAAUAACUCAUUUGUAGAUAUAUUAACCAGGAUAAACCUCACCAUUUAGUGAUUAGCAAACUGCCUGAGAUUAGAAAACAGCUCCCCACCAUUCUAAUUGCUAUUUCCACCAUGUCCUGUAGAGUUUAGCUCUCAUCCUUAUGCGUGAUCAGGUGUAGGAUCAGCAGGACCCUGGGAUUCAUUUGCUGUUGGAAUGUAAUACUGUCCUGUAAGCUUAACAAUAUUAAAAACAAAAGUGAUUAAAGGUGAAGAUGGUGGCUUAUCUUUGGGUCCCAGAAAGGCAUCCUACAUCUUUGUCUCUACCUAAUAACACAAUGAAAGUAAAGAUUGUUGAUGCUGACUCUUAAAACAAGCUUGAGAGAAAUGAAUGGAGAAAAAAAAAAUCUUGUAGUCUCUUUAAACCAGCCUUAAUAACUUACUCACUUCCAUAACACUUGGUCACAGUCUGACAAUCCUGACACAGGUUUUAAGUGUCUACAUUUGAUGUGAACCACCACUCACUAAGGCUGUUCAACUUCACCAUCACUAAUUAGCUUAAGAAUCCUCACAUUACCGCUCUGAACCUGAAUGGGCUAACAGGCUGGCUGCAUUGCACUGUAGGACUUUUCAUCACCAUUUCUCCACUGAACUCUGCAAGAGCUGCUCAAGACUUCCACAGCUGUCGCAUCCCACAUCCCCAAGGUAUUUUACUGGCUUUUUUUAGAUCUGAAAUGAAUAGAAGGCCAGGGAAAUAAUAGAACUAACUGCAAUGUUAAGCCUGUCCUGCCACUGCUAAAAUGGGUGCAAGCCCAUAGUGAACCAAACUAGGAGAAAAACGAAUAUUAUGAGGUUUAAUGCUAAAACCAAACCAUUUAUGUUUUGCACAGCUGAUUUAACAAUAUUAAUUCAGAUACUUUACCUCCUUGUGCCUAUUGAAAAAUUUCCACAGUUUCUUUCUCUAUAGCACUGUCAUUACAGUGUUGCAGCAAGACUGUCACCAAGUAAUGCAUUUAUGACCUUACCUUGCAUGUUACCUUUAGACCAAAAAUAUCCACCCAUAAACCCCACUGGAAUGAUAUAGAUACUGGAGAAGUGACCAGCUGAGCAUAUUUAAGUGGAGAAACAGCUGCAGAGAAGGGCUACAGCAAUUAAUGCCCAGCACUCAGCCAGGGCAGAGCUACAUAUGCAAAUCAAACCCACACACCUUUGCAAGCUGUUCUUGCCGAGCCCAACAGAGGAUAACCAUUUAGGAAAGUAACCUUUGACUAUGAAAUGUGUGAGAGAGUGAUUUUUGUAGGCUUGGAUAUGUGAGAGCUUGGGGCAGAGGGAGCAGCAGAAGACAGUUUCUCCCGAACAGAAAAAAAAAAAAGGCAAUGAGUUUCUGGACUUUUUUUUUUCUCAUCAGCCUUUGUUCAAGCUAAUCUUGCAAAACUGUGCCUGUUUCUGCAAAUGAUCAAUUAAACUCAAUGUUGUGCAUGUUCAUUUUUGUUCAUUUUUGUUCCAGUUCAUCAAGCACUUUUGUCUUUUAACUAGUCCCUUUGCCAAAGGCUACAUAACCCAAAUAUGCCCUUUGGUAUGUAGGAAAAUAAUUCUGAACAUGCCUGCAAAGUUGUCCAUUAAAAUAAUCUGGUAUUCCUUUCACUGUGGGUCUUACUAAUUUGAUUCUCCAUAUACUUUUUUUUUUCUCUUGGGAUACUGUUCAGUGUGAUUUCCAAUCAUUUCUCUUAGGCUCAUUAAAGUUUCGAAUGUUGGAAUUUUUUCUCUUACUCUCCCACCUUAUUAAUACAUUCAAUGACAAAUUAUAUUGCACUAGGUCAGAAAUGUGUGAUCAUUCCUGCUUAGGUUUAGCUUUUCACACUGUUUUUCUGUUUAAACAUUUUACAAAUCACUUGUCUGUCUUCUAACUUGUUACAAAAGAAAUAUUUAAGCCUGUUACAUUUUGUAAAAAAAACCAAACCACAAACAAAAACAGAUGAAGAAAAAAUAAGAGGUUGAUUUUCUAUUCGGAAUAAAAGCUCUGAUAUAAAACAUGUGCAAGUAAUGCAUUGUUACUGUAAACUUUCUAGUAGUGUAAUAGCCACUGAUUAUCAGUCAAUAAAAAUAAGAACUGUUAUCUCUCCUAUCUCCUGAAUAAUACUGCUGAACUAAAAGCACAGAUGUCACUCCACUUUUGUAGACCUCAACUACCAGAUCUUAGCAUUGUGUGUGUAUGGUGUUUUUUUUCUAACAUACAAACUGUAGAAGCUUUACACAUAAUAAAAAAUUUAGGGGCUUAAACAAAUGUACAGUAGGAUUCUGUGUGUGCGGGCUACAAUCUAAACAGAAUUUGUUUGAUUGCAUUUUUAGAUUUCCUUUGUUGUUUUUGUUUGCUGUGGAAUUAUGAAAAAGCUACCAUGAAUAUUUCUUACCAAAGUCUUGUGUAGAUGUUUUGUAGCUGUCUGGCUAACACAUUAUUAUUAUUAUUUUGGAAUAAAGACAUCUUUACUAUGAAAUUUA